AUGAACCGCGCGCCAGAGAGGCCUACAGCAGGCCGCCCCCGCCAGCUGCAAAGCUGGCUGUUCGGCUGGCCAGAGAGCGACAGCAGCAGCAACGCGACCAGCAGCAACGCGUGGGAUGGGUCACUCAUAGACGUCGACACACCGCUGGAAGAGCUCGAGACGGUCGGCCUUGGCGAUGGCGAGAGCUACCGGCUGGUCAUGUCGGACGAGUUUGAGACCGAGGGCCGCCGCUUCAGCGAGGUGGACCGCGACCCGAUCUGGACGGCCGUCGCAAGGCACGACCCGACAAACGGCAACCUGGCAUACAUGACGCCGCAGAUGGUGAGCACUCACGCGGGCGCGCUCGAGAUCUACACCACAAACACGGGCUUCCGCGCCUCGCGGCCUGCCAUCUGGAUGCUCGGCAACCUCGGGCGGGCCACCUACCCGCUCUCGAACGAUGGCCUCUGGCCCUUCUCCUUCGGCGCGUGCGACCGCGCGCGGCUCGGGGCUGCGGCCGUACCAGGGGCGAGGCGUGCCGGAGGCGUGCCGGAGGUGGACUUGCUCGAGGCGCGCCCGUGCGCCGACAUCGCCGCCGCCAGCGACAGGCCCGCGCUCGCGGUGGCGCACAACAACCUCACGAUCGACCAGGCCAUCUUCCCGACAGUCUUCCGCAUCGGCCACGUCCGCUUCUACCAGCGCGCCAGCGGGCGGCAGCGCACCUCGUGCUCGCCCCCCGACCACCCGACGGCGGGCUGGAUCGCGCAGCACUGGUGGGCAAACGGCAAGCAGGCGCCCCCCUCGGUCGACAACCUGCUCCGCGCCUCCGUCCUUCUCUCGGGCUGCGUCGCCGCACUCGGCGCCCUCGCGCUGCUGCUGAGUGAGGAGCACGUCCGCCUCGCGCUCGCACUGCUGUUCGGCGCCUUCUUCUGCGCCGCGCUCGCCUCCGCCGGCCUCGCCCGCUACCUCGGCGUCUCUCCCGACGACGCGUGGCUCGGGCCGCAAACCGCGGGCGGCGACAGCGCCACCAGCUCGCUCACGCUGUCGGCCGGCGUGCCGCUGCGCAGCCACGUCUGGAGCUUCCACGUCUGGAACUUGUCGGCGGAGCGGGCUCGGGCGGCGUCGCUCGCGCGGCUCUUUGCCGAUCGCCUCGUCUACCUCGCUUGCGUCGUCGAGGCGGCGGUGGUGGGCGGCUUGCUGCUGACCAUCCUCUCGGAGCUCACUCUCUGCCUGGCGACCGCCUUCUCCGCGAGAGCGCUGCCCCGCCUGCUCGUGGCUCUCUUGGGCGCGCUUGCCGCCAGGGAGGGCGGGCAGGACGAGGGCGGCGGUCGGGUCGGCUCUCUGUCCGCCGCCGUUCCGCUGCCGCCGGUCGGGCCGCCGCUUCCGCAUCCGCGCGGCUGGUCGGCGGGCGAAGAGCUCUCCCUGCUCCUCUUCCCCCUCUUCCUCUUUGUCGCGCUCGUCUCGGGCUUGGCUGCCAUUCACGUCCGCAAGGCGUUCCUCGAGGCCGCGACGGCGUUGUGCGGCGCGCAGCUGCUUUGGCUCGGCGCCGCAAGCUUGGCGGGCGGCGAGGCGAUGUUCGACGCGAUGCUCGACGUGCGGCACGCCGUCGAAGGGCUCGCGGGGUCCGGCGUGCAGGGCGACCUCGGCAGGAGCUCCUCGCCGUGGGCUGCGCCGGCCAAGGUCCGAGGCGGGGCUGUGGUCUCUGGUGUGGCGGGCGAGCGGCGCGUCGCGGUCGACGUCUGCCAGGCGCAGCCGUCGGUCGAGCGCUGGUGGCUAGCCACCGCCCGCCGGCACGGGCAGAGGCGGCCACGAAGGGCAGCCUGUCCGGAGAGGCGGUGGCUGCCGCCGCUGCAGCAGUGCACCGCGGUGGAUGCGAGCGGGGCGCUCGGCAGUCCUGUGGUGAAGCAGCUCUGCGCCGUCGCCGCCGCGUUUGAGGCCGACUUCGGUUUCCAGCGCUCGGUGGUGUGCAACCAGCUCGAGCACUUACUCCGGCUGCUCGCCGCGAGAGCGGCGCGCUUACCCUUCUCCGCCCCCGAGCGUGCGGCGCGCGCCGCCGACUCGCUCCAUGCGCACCUCUUUGCGUCGUACUUCACCUGGUGCGAGCACGCGGCAAACUUGCGCCACGCAUCGGAGGCCGUCUGGUGGCUCUUCCACCAGCUCUCCGACUUGGCGAAACCGCUGCCGCGCCCCUUCGCGCUGGCGAGCGUGGCGCCGCUCUACGCGUCGCUCGUCCACCUCUUCUGCGAGCGAGCGCACCCACUCAACUACGACGACGUCAACGAGGCCUUCUGGCGACCCGACUGCCUCGGGUGGAGCCUCGAGGGGAGCGGCGCCGGCAGUGCCGCCGCGCAGCUCCGCGGGCUGGCAAAGGAGUACCGCGAGCGCCGCUCCUGGCUGCACAUGCUCGGUGCGUUCGAGCACGUCUACUUUGCGCACUGGAUCAUGCUGCGGCUGAUGCUCGGCGCGACGCUCGGCCUCAACACCUGCAUCGCCGCCGAGUUCGGCGCGGGCGAGGAGUCGGACGCCGCGCUGCGCGUGUUGCAGUUCGAGGCGACCCUCGUGGUGGACGUGCAGGCGUACCGCGUCCUCUCGGGCUUGCUGCAGCUGUGGGCGCGCUUCCCCACCUGCGACCCGCCUGCCAAGCUCGACGCGGUGCUGCGCGUCGCGCUCGACCUGCUCCUCUCUCUCGCGCUCAACGUGGCGCUCUGGUUCUCGCUCCGCGACCAGCACCUGCACCACUGGGCGAUGGCGCUGCUGCUCUCGAUCGCCGUCUUCGUGCGGCCGACCCUGUCCAGCCUGCGCUUCCUCGUGGUGAAUGCACUGCGAAUGCACUGCGAAUGCACUGCGAAUGCACUGCGAAUUGCCUGCGAAUUGCCUGCUAACUCUAACUGCUCGCUGUUUGGCAUCGAGGUUGCCAACGGGCCGCUCCCCGCGAGGCACGUCCGGCCGACGAGCUGGCACGUCCGGCCGACGAGCUGGAGCGCGCUCGCUUUCUGGCUGACGCUGUUCAGCGUGCACUGCCUGCUGGUGCAGCACUACAUCGCGGACGCGCUCGUCGUCGACACGCUCGGCCUGCUCUACUCCUACUUUGGGCGAGCACCUAGAAGCUCCGGCAUCGGCCUCGGCCAGCUGUUUGUGCUGCUCCUCUGCAUCUGGGUGCCGGUCAUCCUCUUCUUCCUCGUGAGCUUCUCGCUCACCUUCACACUCUGGGACCCUUCUUGGAACCUGCUAGGCCUGCCGCAGCUGCUCGCCGCCCACUUUGACCCGGCGGCCGACCGCUUCGAGCAACGCUGGCUCGCCAGCCGUCCGGCCCGGCUGCCCCCCAGCCCGGGGGGGGCGUGGGCCGUGUCGGCGGGGGGGCGCUCGGUCUCGCUCCCAGCAGUCGCCAAUGGGUCGCGAGACGGCGCCCUUCCGCCAGACGAGGACGCGCCCGCGGACUUGUCGGGGCUACGGCUUGCUGCCCAGCUGCUCGGUCGGCUGCCUGCGCGGGGCGGCUGGGGCUUUGCGCAGUGUUGGAACACGAUGCUCCACGAGAUGCGGCGGCAGGAUUUGGUCGACAACUCCGAGGAGACCCGGCUGCAUGCGCUCCUCGCGGGCUGCCCCGUCGAGUCGCUCCCGACGCUCUGCCGCCUCUCGCUGGCGGGUGCGGCCGACAUCGCGAUGGCAGUUGUCUGGCCGCUGCUCGGCGCCGCGCACCAGCCCGACGUGGCGCUCGCCCUCCGAGCCCUCGCCGCUGUCGUGCCCCCGAUCGCGCCAGCCACCGAUGCGUCUGCCGCCGGCUCGGCCGGCCAGUCCCGCCCUUGCGGCGCGCUGCCGCCCGGCCUCCGCUCGGAGCGGGUGCUCUACGGGCUGCGCAAGGCGCUACAGCGACCACUCAUAGAACUGUCUCAGGCGCUCGUCGAGCUGUGCGAGGCCAUCUUCGCCAUGAUCGGGCUCUCGCGCGACCUCUCGCGGCUCGACCUCACCGCCAGCCUCAACGACCUCACCGCAGCCCUCUCGCUCGCGCGCCGCCGCAGAGGCGUGACGCGCGUGCGCAUCGCAGACAUCGCCUCGGCCGAGGGCGCCGCCGACGAGGUGCGCGGCGCGCUCGGCGCCGCCGCCAACGCGCUGCAGGCCACCCUCGCCCACCCGACCCUUGGCUUUUGGGCGGACAGCAGCUACGCGAGUGCGUCGCUCGCCAGCCUGCUCCGGCACGAGCCCAACCUUGAGGCGAUCGCGGUCCGGCUGCGGCGCAUGCUCUCGCUGUCGCCGACGCCGAGGCCGCUCCGCUCCAACGAGGCGAUGCGCCGGCUGCGCCACUGGCUGCGCUCGCUCAAGAUGGAUGCACCGGAGGCGCCUCCGGUGGCGGAGAUGCAGUCGUGGUCCAUCCUGACGCCCGUCUACAAGGAGACCGUCCUCUACUCGAUGGCGGACCUGGAGGAGGAGUCGAACGACGGCCGCUCCUUCAUCGAGGUGCUGCGCGGCCUUCACCGCGACGAGUGGGCAAACUUUGCGCAGCGGCUCGGCGAGUCGCCCUCCGCGCUCAGCGCUGGCCCUUCAGCUGCGGCUGUGGGCCUCGAUGCGAGGCCAGACUCUCGCGCGCACCGCAUGAUGUACUACGAGUCGGCCUUGGCCUUCCUCGUGGCCGUGGAGGCGGGUUCAGCGGGAGGCGGCCCCGCCCCCCCUCUGCCCGCCGCCUCGCAGACCGCCGCCGCCAGUGCCUUGGCGCAGCGCAAGGUGGGCUACGUGUGCGCGUGCCAGGUCUAUGGCGACUACAAGCGGGCGGGCGACCCGCGAGCGGUCGAUAUCGAGGCGCUUAUGCACGCCUUCCCUUCGCUGCGGGUCGCCUACGGGGGCGUGAGGUGCGAGAGCCGCGUCGGCCUCCCCGGCAACCCGAUCCUCGGCGAGGGCAAGCCCGAGAACCAGAACGUGGCGCUGCCGUUUUGCCACGGCGAGAGGGUGCAGAUGGUGGACAUGAACCAAGAGGGGUACUGGGAGGAGGCGCUCAAGAUGCGGCCGCUGCUGCAGGAGUUCGAGUCGUCCGCCAAAGCCGGGCCGGUGACCGUCAUCGGCUUCCCGGAGCACAUCUUCACGCAGUCGUCCGGCUUCGUCACCGCGAUCUUCAUCGGGCUGCAGGAGCGCUACUUCGGCUCCUUCGUGCAGCGCCACCCCGACCUGCUCGACAAGCUGCACUUCGCCACGCGCGGCGGGGUGAGCAAGGCGUCCAAGGAGAUCAACUUGAGCGAGGACAUCUUUAGCGGGUACAAGACGGUGCUCGCCGGCGGCUGCGUCGUCUUUCGCGAGUACCACCUCGUGGGCAAGGGGCGGCCCACAAACCUGAUGGAGAUCACCGGCUUCUUCGCGAAGCUCUCCUCCGGCUCCGCCGCGUCGCUCACGACGCGCGACGUGGCGCGCUUCGCCGCCAGCGCGCCGCUCGUGAAGCUCUUCUCGUACUACUACUCGGCCAUCGCCUUUUACGUGCACGACGUGAUCGUGAUGCACGUGACGGUCCUCAUCCCCUACCUGCUCGCGAUGCUCGCGCUCGUCGGCCUCGAUCACCGCUUCAACAACUACGAGGCGCAGCCCCUCUCGCUCUUCGCCCUGCUCCCGCUGCUGCUCUCGCUCAUGACGGCCCUCCCGCUCUUGCGUGCCGUGCCCGCGCUCUGCAUGGUGCUGGUUGAGAGAGGGCCUCGCCGGGCCCUCUCCUUCUUGCUUGGGAUGGCCAUCACCGCCUCGCCCGUCUACUUCAUCUUUGUCGCGCAGACAAAGUCCUUCCACUUUGCGCGCACCGCGCGUGAUUAUGCCCUCGCCGCCGCGGUCCUGCUGCCGGUUGGCGCCCUCGCUGCGCUGCGGCUGCCGGGCGUGGUGCACCGGGCGCUCAUCUUUCAGCGCUCGCACGGGCUCAUCCUGUACUCCUCCGUCCUCGCUGCGGUCGCCCUCGCAUACGCGCUCUCCUCGCUGGAUUGGGGCUGA